AUCCAAACACAGCCUUAUGCGUUCAAUCCGCUGGCUGCCUCGCCGUUUCGUUUCGGCCUUUUCGUCUCUUGCCCGUUCGCUCGCUCCUCGUCCCGUGACGCGCGCCUCAACAGCUUUUUGCGAAGCUGGUUAAUUUCUUCUCCCUAUCGCCGAGCGAGAUUCUUGCAUUUUUGUUACAACAACGGUGAGAUUGGGGAAGAUAGUUUGGAAAGUUUGAGCUUCGGGAGAAAGAGAGGAAGUGAGAGAUAAGGAAGGACUGGGGAGAGCGAUGGAAGUCGAGGAAGGAAAUGUUGGUAAGAAGAUAGCUAUUGGAGUCUGCGUGUUGGAAAAGAAGGUUUUAUCAGCUCCAAUGGGACAGAUACUUGACAGGCUGCAGGCAUUUGGUGAAUUUGAGAUCAUAAUUUUUGGGGAUAAAGUUAUUCUUGAAGAUCCAGUUGAGAGUUGGCCAAUAUGUGAUUGCUUGAUUGCUUUCUAUUCCACUGGUUAUCCCCUUGAAAAGGCUGAGGCAUAUGCUGCUUUAAGAAAGCCCUUUUUGGUAAAUGAAUUGGAGCUGCAACACCUCCUUCAUGAUCGGAGGAAGGUAUAUGAGCAUCUUGAAAUAUGUGGAAUUCCUGUUCCACGAUAUGCCCUUGUAAAUAGAGAAGUGCCGUGUCAAGAGCUUGAUUAUUUUAUUGAGGAAGAUGAUUUUGUUGAGGUCCAUGGUAAUCGUUUUUGGAAACCAUUUGUGGAGAAGCCGGUUGAUGGGGAUAAUCACAGCAUUAUGAUAUAUUACCCCAGUUCGGCAGGUGGAGGUAUGAAGGAAUUGUUUAGGAAGGUUGGUAAUCGGUCAAGUGAGUUUCAUCCAGAGGUUAGAAGAGUGAGACGUGAAAGCUCUUACAUAUAUGAGGAAUUCAUGCCCACUGGAGGAACAGAUGUCAAGGUCUAUACUGUUGGUCCUGAAUAUGCUCAUGCUGAGGCAAGGAAAUCUCCUGUUGUUGAUGGCGUUGUAAUGAGAAAUCCGGAUGGCAAAGAAGUGAGGUACCCUGUACUAUUGACUCCUACUGAGAAGCAAAUGGCAAGGGAAGUUUGCGUUGCCUUUAGGCAAGCAGUUUGUGGAUUUGAUCUCCUGCGUUGUGGCGGACGCUCAUAUGUCUGUGAUGUGAAUGGAUGGAGUUUCGUAAAGAAUUCUUACAAGUAUUAUGAUGAUGCUGCUUGUGUCUUAAGAAAGAUGUUUUUAGAUGCGAAAGCUCCCCAUCUUUCUUCGACAAUUCCACCAACUUUACCAUGGAAGGUAAAUGAACCAAUUCCGCCUUCAGAGGGACUAACACGUCAGGGAAGUGGAAUUAUUGGUACAUUCGGGCAGGCUGAGGAACUUAGAUGUGUAAUUGCUGUCAUUCGUCAUGGUGAUAGAACUCCUAAACAAAAGGUGAAAUUGAAGGUGACUGAGGAGAAAUUGUUAAAUCUGAUGUUGAAGUACAAUGGGGGAAGGCCUAGAUCAGAGACAAAACUCAAGAGUGCUGUCCAGUUGCAAGAUUUAUUAGAUGCUACAAGAAUGCUGGUACCACGAACUAGACCUGAUCGAGAAAGUGAUAGUGAAGCAGAAGACAUUGAGCAUGCUGAAAAACUUCGCCAAGUGAAAGCUGUGCUUGAGGAGGGGGGACAUUUCUCUGGUAUUUAUAGGAAGGUUCAACUGAAACCAUUAAAGUGGGUUAAGGUUUCAAAAAGUAAUGGUGAUGGUGAAGAAGAACGACCUGUUGAAGCACUAAUGGUUCUUAAAUAUGGGGGUGUUCUUACACAUGCUGGCAGAAAGCAGGCUGAAGAACUGGGUAGAUAUUUCCGAAACAACAUAUAUCCAGGUGAAGGAACUGGUCUGCUUCGCCUCCAUAGUACGUAUCGUCAUGAUCUAAAAAUUUACAGCUCAGAUGAGGGUCGUGUACAGAUGUCUGCAGCUGCCUUUGCCAAAGGCCUUCUCGACUUGGAAGGGCAGCUAACUCCAAUCCUGGUCUCACUUGUUAGCAAGGAUUCUUCAAUGUUGGAUGGACUCGACAAUGCUAGUAUUGAGAUGGAAGAGGCCAAGGCUCGGUUGAAUGAGAUCAUUACUUCUGGAGCAAGGACUGUUCAUAGUAAUGGAUUGUCCGAAUUUCCUUGGAUGUUGGAUGGGGCUGGAUUGCCUUCAAAUGCUUCUGAACUUCUUCCCACAUUGGUUAAGCUGACUAAGAAGGUUACUGAACAAGUGAAGCUUCUGGCAAAGGACGAGGAUGAGAAACUUGCAGAGACAAGUUCAUAUGAUGUGAUUCCUCCUUAUGAUCAAGCAAAGGCCCUUGGUAAAACCAACAUUGACGUUGAUCGUAUCGCUGCUGGAUUACCCUGUGGUAGCGAAGGAUUCCUUUUGAUGUUUGCUCGCUGGAGAAAACUUGAGAGGGACUUGUAUAAUGAACGCAAAGAACGGUUCGAUAUAACACAAAUUCCAGAUGUCUAUGACUCCUGCAAAUAUGACCUCUUGCAUAAUGCACAUCUUAAUCUUGAAGGGUUGGAUGAUCUCUUCAAUGUUGCUCAGUUACUUGCAGAUGGUGUCAUCCCAAAUGAGUAUGGGAUUAACCCAAAGCAAAAGCUGAAGAUAGGCUCAAAGAUUGCUCGCCGUUUGCUGGGGAAAAUUUUGAUUGAUCUAAGGAACACUCGUGAAGAAGCAAUAAGUGUUGCUGAAUUGAAGAGUAAUCAUGAUCAGCAUUCAACAUCUUUCUGGACUGGGAAGGAAGAUACUGACAUUCAGUCAAAGCCUCACAGUAAGAAUGAAGACACAAGAAGAUCUAGUACCUCAAGUGAAAAGUCGAGGGAUCAAGAUGACAAUGAUGAUAAAGAAACCAAAUACCGUUUGGAUCCAAAGUAUGCAAAUGUGAAGACGCCUGACCGACACGUGCGGACACGCCUUUAUUUUACAUCAGAAUCCCAUAUCCAUUCCCUCAUGAAUGUUCUUCGGUACUGUAACUUGGAUGAAUCUCUUCAAGGAGAGGAUAGUCUUGUGUGCCUCAGUGCUUUGGAGCGUUUGUAUAACACUAAGGAGCUUGAUUACAUGAGUUAUAUUGUGUUGAGGAUGUUUGAAAACACAGAGGUAGCUCUAGAAGAUCCAAAAAGGUUUCGCAUAGAGAUGACUUUUAGCCGCGGUGCAGAUUUAUCCCCUUUGGAGAAAAAUGACAGUGAGGCUGCUUCCUUGCAUCAAGAGCACACGCUGCCAAUCAUGGGCCCAGAGAGGCUGCAAGAAGUAGGAUCAUAUCUCACAUUGGAUAAAAUGGAGAAAAUGAUCCGGCCAUUUGCCAUGCCAGCGGAAGAUUUCCCUCCACCCUCAACUCCUCAGGGAUUCUCGGGCUACUUCUCUAAAAGUGCAGCUGUCCUGGAGCGCUUGGUAAAUCUGUGGCCUUUCCAUAAGCAUGUGAAUGCUAAUGGAAGGUAACAAGUUUCUCCCGUUUGCUUCUUACAUAUUCUUUAAUUCUUUCAUUCCCACAUGCCUCCUCAUGUAUUCAACUAUGGUGUCACACUAACCUGACCUAGAAAAAAAUGCAAUGUUUGGAUGGAGUUUUAAGAGCCAAAGUGAGUUCUGAUAUCUUAGGAAGGAAAGUUUUGAGAUGAUUAGCAGCUUACGGGAAUGAAAUAAAUAAUGUUCUGGAGGCAAACAUGACAGUUGAAAGUUUUAUUUUGCUCAUUUCAUUUUUGUAAUGAUCUUCCUAUUAAUCUGCAUAUUUAGUGAGGAGUUUACUUUGUAAACCGUAAAUAGAGUAUAUAUCCAUGGCCAGAUUGGUUC